AUGCUUAUGGCUCGUUACAAUAUGGUUCAACAAAACGGUGGUCCACAGUCGUCGAUACCUUCCACUUCACAGCGUAUUGCUCGACCACUUCGACGCCCACAAAUUCCACAAAAGCCAGUUCUUCCCAAUUAUGGGCCUCGCCCUAUCGGUCAAAUUUGUAAAAACGAUGUUAUUGGUUUGUCGAAAUGGGCAAUAUCGUCUCCUGUGGACGCUGUAGAGAUUUUGGGAAAGGGGCAAGAAAUUGCUAAGCCAGUUUUAAGUAGAUCCACUUGUUCACUAAACAGAUGUGCCUAA